AUGGUAUAUUAAACUCUCUUUUUUGGAAAUUAAAUUGGUGAUGAAGGUGCAUCAGGCUUAGGUUCAGCUUUAGCAAAAUGCAUUAAUCUCUCAAAUUUGACACUUAAUCUUGAUGGAAAUUAAAUUGAUGAUGAAUGUGCAUCAGGCUUAGGUUCUGCUUUAGCAAAUUGCAUUAAUCUCUCAAAUUUGACACUUAACCUUAAUGGAAAUUAAAUUGGUGCUACGGGUGCAUCAGGCUUAGGUUCAGCUUUAGCAAAUUGCAUUAAUCUCUCAAAUUUGACACUUGAUCUUUUUGGAAAUUAAAUUGGUGGUGAAGGUGCAUCAGGCUUAGGUUCAGCUUUAGCAAAAUGCAUUAAUCUCUCAAAUUUGACACUUAAUCUUGAUUACAAUUAUAUUGGUGAUGAAGGUGCAUCAGGUUUAGGUUCAGCUUUAGCAAAAUGCAUUAAUCUCUCAAAUUUGACACUUGAUCUUUAUGAAAAUUACAUUGGUGAUGAAGGUGCAUCAGGCUUAGGUUCUGGUUUAGCAAAGUGCAUUAAUCUUUCAAAUUUGAAACUUGACCUUAUGUAAAAACACUUUAUUUGUUUUGGAUUGUGA